GUGUGUUGAGCGCAUGCGUUCUGUGGCAGCCUAGAAAAAGGGGCUGCUGGCGGGCCGAGCUGAAGACAUGGAACAGGGCUACGGAGGCUAUGGGGCAUGGAGUGCUGGACCCACCAACACCCAAGGUGCCUAUGGAACCGGUGUGGCCAGCUGGCAAGGUUUUGAAAACUACAAUUAUUAUGGCGCCCAGAACACCAGCGUCACCACAGGAGCGACCUACAGCUAUGGCCCAACCUCGUGGGAGGCCACCAAGGCCAGCGAUGGCCUGGGAGCUGGGGGCCCUGCUGUGCACAUGGCUUCUUAUGGCCCAGAGCCGUGCACCGACAAUUCCGACUCCCUCAUUGCCAAGAUCAACCAGCGUUUGGACAUGAUGUCCAAGGAAGGAGGCAGGGGCGGGAGCAGCAGCGGUGGGGAGGGCAUGCAGGACCGGGAGAGCUCCUUCCGCUUCCAGUCGUUCGAGUCCUAUGACUCCAGGUCUUGCCUCCCCGAGCACCAUCCCUAUCGCCCCAGCUAUAGCUACGAUUAUGACUUUGACCUGGGGCCUGACCGAAAUGGUGGCUUUAGCAGUCAGUACAGCGACUGCCGGGACCCAGCCCGUGAGCGGGGCUCCCUUGAUGGCUUCAUGCGGGGCCGGGGCCAGGGCCAGGGCCGCUUCCAGGACCGGAGCAAUCCCAGCACCUUCAUGCGCAGCGACCCUUACAUGCCACCUGCAGCCUCUUCCGAGCCCCUGUCUGCUCCCUGGACUGAGCUGAACUAUGUGGGUGGGCGGGGCCUGGGAGGCCCCUCCCCCAGCCGGCCGCCUCCUUCCCUGUUCUCCCAGUCCAUGGCCCCUGACUUCGGUGUGAUGGGCAUGCAGGGGGCUGGCGGUUAUGACAGUUCGGUGCCCUAUGGAUGUGGCCGGUCACAGACCCGGAUAAGGGAUCGGCCCAGGCGGAGAGGGUUUGACCGCUGUGGCCCAGAUGGCAUGGGCAGGAAACGGAAGCAGUUGCAGAUCUAUGAGGAGCCGGAUGCCAAACUGGCCAGGGCUGACAGCGAAGGAGAUUUUUCCGAAAACGAUGAUGGAGCUGCUGACUUCCGGUCAGGAGAUGAAGAAUUCAGGGGUGAGGACGAAUUCUUCGACCCCGGGAGGCAGAGAGGGGAGAAGGACGAUGAGGAUGAGGAAGUAAAGAAGAGAAGAGAAAAGCAAAGGAGGAGAGACCGGAUGCGAGACCGAGCAGCUGACAGGAUUCAGUUCGCUUGUUCUGUGUGCAAGUUUCGUAGCUUUGAAGAUGAAGAAAUCCAGAAGCAUCUACAAAGCAAGUUUCACAAAGAGACACUGAGGUUUAUCAGUACCAAACUCCCUGACAAAACAGUGGAGUUCCUCCAGGAGUACAUCGUAAACAGGAACAAGAAAAUUGAGAAGCGGCGUCAGGAGUUGAUGGAGAAGGAAAGCACGAAACCCAAGCCAGAUCCUUUCAAAGGGAUCGGCCAGGAGCACUUUUUCAAGAAGAUAGAGGCCGCUCACUGUCUGGCUUGUGACAUGCUGAUCCCCGCACAGCAUCAGCUCCUCCAGCGGCACCUGCACUCGGUGGACCACAAUCACAACCGCAGGUUGGCUGCUGAACAGUUCAAGAAGACCAGUCUCCAUGUGGCUAAGAGUGUUUUAAACAACAGACACAUAGUGAAGAUGCUGGAAAAAUACCUCAAGGGUGAAGACCCUUUCACCAGCGAAGCUGUCGAUCCAGAAAUCGAAGGGGAUGACAAUUUGGGAGGUGAGGAGAAGGAGGAGACACCCGAGGAGGUGGCCGCGGAGGUGUUGGCCGAGGUCAUUACGGCAGCAGUGAGAGCGGUAGAUGGGGAAGGAGCGCCGGCUCUGGAAGGUGGUGACGCGCUGGCCGAAGGGGAAGACCCUGUGGACGCGGCCGAGGCCACUCGCGGUCCCCACUCUGAACAGCCACUGGAAGUGGAGACACCGGGUGGCGUGGCCUUGGAGAAGGGCGGCACCGAAGCGGAGGCCGGAGGGGAAGUGCAAGCGGCCGCAGCAGAGGCAGAAGGCACUGUCAGGGUCUCGGCCCUGGCCCCGGCUAUCACCGAAGCCAAAGCAGAACAGACUGAUGCAGAACCCAAAGAUGUCCUUCCCACAGAAUGAUCCUCCUCCCUGUUGCAAGGGAUGGGUUUCAUAACGCAUUGCUCUUUUUCUCCUUUUGUUUGUAAGCAGAACUAGGGUGUGUGUUACUGGAACAUGCUGGAAACUUUGGUGAAGAGACCCAGCCAUUUGCUUCAACAAAGUGUACCUCGUGGGGCUUGUCUUUAGGGUUGUAUGGCUUUCUGCCUUGGCUCGCAGGCUGCAGAAGUUGUACAUUCCCCCAAGUGGCUGUGAAGUCUCUACACUGCAGGUGGAAUAAUAAAAGUUGGCUAAUUAGAUUUUGAUGA